CCAUAUUAAAAUGCUCCCUCCUCUUUGCCUGUGAGAUUGUAGCUUAGCAGCAGCAGCUAGCCACCAGUCUGCUUUUUACAUCCACAAGACUGACAGAGGGCAACGACGUGAUGGAAAUUGACUCGCUUCAAGAGGCGCUCAGAGACUUCGAUAAGAAAGCAAAGAAGGAGGCAUCUCCUCUUCUGGAACAGUUUCUAUGCCAUAUUGCCAAGACUGGAGAGACCAUGGUCCAAUGGUCUCAAUUUAAGAACUACUUUCUGUUUAAAUUGGAGAAGGUAAUGGAUGACUUCAGAGCCUCAGCACCUGAGCAAAGAGGUCCUGCAAAUCCCAAUGUGGAGUCAGUUCCAUUUGAAGAUAUGAAGGAGAGAAUCUUGAAGAUUGUGAAGGGAUACAAUGGAAUCCCGUUUACGAUCCAGCGCUUGUGUGAGCUACUCACAGAACCCAAAAGGAACUACACAGGAACUGACAAAUUUCUUCGAGGGGUGGAAAAGAAUGUAAUGGUGGUAAGCUGUGUCCACCCAACCUCAGAGAAAAAUGGAUGCAGUGCUGUCAAUAGAAUGAAUGGAGUGAUGCUUCCUGGGAACACAUCUGCAUUUACAGAGAGGAAAGUGAACGGUCCAGGAACUCCACGGCCGCUGAACAGACCGAAGUUGUCUUUGGCUAACUCACUAGCAGCGAACGGCCUCCCAGACAGCACAGACAACAAAGACCUCAGCACAGAGCAAGAAGGCGACAAAGACUCGACUGAGGUCUCGGCGUCAGAAGGCUCUCCGGGGAGCUCGGUGAAGAACAAACACCCAGACACAGACGAGGACAUGGAGGCUGAACAUCAAGAAGUGAAGAGACUUAAAUUCAGCGAGGAAGAAGAGGAAGAUGAGGAGGAUGAAGAAGAAGAACAGGAAGUGGACACACUGAGGCCUUUACAUGCCACCUGCCUCUCAAAAGAAGCAGAAGCCAUGGUCCAAGAGGAGGAAGAGGAGGAGAAGGUUGCAUACAGCAAGGAGAAUGAAGCAUCCAGCAGUGCUCCUGCCUCUGAAGACCAAGAACCCACUAGCAGCACGCAGGCUGAGGUGAGCUGUGCAGGCUCAGGUCAGGAGGCGGAGCAGGCUGAGAGGGAGGUGCCGAGCGGCUCCGAGGAGGAGGGCAGCGACAUGGAUCAGACGGAGCAGCAGGCACCGGCAGGCGUCCUGGAGAGCCCCGAGACCAGCAGGGACAGUGAGGAGAGCAGCAGUGACCCAGUGAGCAGCAGCAGCAGCAGUAGCAGCAGUGGUAGCAGCUGUAGCAUAGAGGAGAGUGCGGAAGCGGCCAGAGAAGACGUAGCUCUCGCUCCCUCCAGCAGUACGACUGAACCUCCUACAGAGGGCGCCACGGGAAGUGCCAUCUCAAACACUGGGACCACCGAGGAGCCUAUGGAGCAGGACUAGACUGAAGGCCACCCUGCAGCCAUGUGUGACCAUAAACCAGCUUGUCCUUGGAUCCAGCUUGACUGUCGCUGGGAAAGAGGACAACUGCACCUCAUACACAAGACGAACGCCUCGUCCCACUUUUGGACACUCCUCCAAAAUGGCUACCUGGCAUUGAUGUGGGCAUACAAAAAUUUCAAGGUUUUUGUUUUGUUUUGUUUUCCUUUUUAACUGGAAUAUUUUAUCGAUCUUAUCUUUUGUUUUAAGUUUCCCUUAAAAGGGGUUGGUUUCAGCAGCCUUAAAUUUCUUGGCUGGAUUUUUUGUUUGUUUUUGCGUUCAUUGGGAUUGUUCUAAUGCUGUGGUGGUCUGGUUCUUUUCUAAAUGCCACUCACUCCAACCAUUUGGACAUAUGACAAAUUGGUAGUCUAUAAGCCUAGUGUACUUCACUACCAGGGUCAGAACAGAGCCAUACCAGCCCUUCAUUAUUUAUGAGUUGCUCAAAUAUGAGUUCAAACCAUCAUUUCUGUUCCUCACUGAAAAGUUCUUUAGUCAUGGCCUGGAUCUUAACACCCCACUAGCCUAUGUGUUAUUCCACCAGGCUGUUCAAAACAUGCGUUCUUUUCAGAUUUACCUCUCCAUCCUUGUGAGAUGGGAAACAUGUUUUUUUUUUCUUCCCAUUGUCCUCCUCUUAUUUAACCAUAUUUUUGCAAUGACACACUACCAAUCCCACUGAACAAUACUAUGACGUGCUGCCUUGUGGAGGCGUCCUGUGUAAAAUGAUAUAUUUUGGAUGCAUAAAAAAACAACAUAAUUUAUAUGAUCAUUUCAAUUCAAUGAGUUAUUUUGGAGUAUGUUUUCGUUUCGUCUGCCAGUUGUAGUUUCCAAAACCAGCUGUAAGUACAAAGAUGACUUCCGCUUUCUUUGUAUCGUGAUGUCACCAUGUUGUUUCACCGACCGAUAUCCAGAGCAGUUUCUGGUUCCAGUUCUACACCUGUUUCUGCAGCUGUACUUUUUGAUAUUUAGAAUUUUAAAUUUCUGUAAAGUAGAUUUUUGUAGAUUGUAAUACAGUAUGUGUUCACUGCCUUUGUGAAACCAUAUAUAAUUGUAUAAUUUCUGUGUAUACUCUGAAUGCUUUUGCUUUCAAUGCAGUAUUCAGAAACAGCAAUAAAUGUUAACAUUUUUA